AUGAAGUUGUCAUCAGAAACAGAGGAGGAGGAAGAAGUGAACGACAGCCCGAUCGAGCAAGUCCGACUGACGGUUCCGAUCACCGACGAUCCCACGAUUCCGGCCCUGACUUUCCGGACAUGGGUCCUGGGAGUGGCGUCCUGCGUGUUCCUGUCGUUCCUCAACCAGUUCUUCAGCUUCCGGUCCAAUGCUCUGUACGUCAGCUCUGUUUCCGCACAGAUUCUGGUUCUGCCUCUGGGGAAACUGAUGGCAGCCACGCUCCCGAGGAGGUCGAUCUCCGUCGUCGUGCCUUUCGCGAAUUGGUCGUUUACCCUGAAUCCAGGGCCAUUCAACCUGAAAGAACAUGUUCUGAUCACCAUCCUGGCCAACUGCGGAGCUCAUGGAGCUCCGGCACUCGACGUCGUUACAAAGUAUCUGGUGGAUUCCCCACAUAUGUGGUGGCCUUCAAACCUAGUCCAGGUUUCUCUUUUCAGGGCACUGCACGAGAAGGAAAACAGAGUGAACAGAGGAACAACGAGACUGCAAUUCUUCACCCUAGUUUGUGUCACAAGCUUCGCAUACUACAUACUUCCAGGGUAUUUAUUCCCGUCAAUAUCAACCGUUUCUUUCAUGUGUUGGAUAUGGAAGGACUCCACAAUCGCGCAACAGAUCGGUUCGGGCUUGAACGGCCUUGGCAUUGGCUCGUUCGGAGUAGAUUGGUCGACGGUUGCCGGGUUCCUGGGGAGCCCUCUGGCCAUGCCAUCGUUCGCAAUCGUUAACACCAUGGCCGGUUUCUUCCUUAUGGUGUACAUCGUUCUGCCGGCGGCCUAUUGGAACAACAUCUUCGAAUCUAGGCGAUUCCCUAUGUUGUCGCAAUCGACUUAUGACUAUGCUGGCCAGGUGUACAACGUCACGAGGAUCAUGAACACCAGAGGAUUCGACAUCAAUGUUUCGGAAUACGAAAGUUACAGCAAGCUCUACCUUUGUGCCACUUUUGUAUUCGGCAUGGGGUUUGGUUUCGCGGCUCUAAUGUCUACCAUUACGCAUGUUGCUCUGUUCGAUGGCAAAUCGAUAUGGGAGCACUGGAAGAAGACCACAGGUGGAACGAAAGACGAAGAUACCGAUGUUCAUACGAGGCUCAUGAGACGGAACUACGAAGUCGUGCCCCAGUGGUGGUUCAUGGUGAUCCUGUUUGUAUCAUUUGCUCUUUCUCUUGUUGCAAUUGGAGGCUUCGGUAGAGAGCUGCAACUCCCAUGGUGGGCACUCAUUCUGGCAUGUGCCUUCGCAUUCGCCUUCACUCUACCUGCAGGCAUCGUCCUCGCAACGACGAAUCAGAGAAUCUUAACCGACGUGAUAGCAGAGUUGCUGAUAGGAUACAUUUACCCUGGCAAGCCUCUUGCUAAUAUGACAUUCAAAUCCUACAGUUUUGUGAGCAUGUUACAAGCUCUGAGCUUCCUUUCUGACUUCAAGUUAGGGCAUUACAUGAAAGUACCACCAAAAUCCAUGUUCUUGGUUCAGCUAGUAGGCACUCUAGUUGGCUCCUCCGCCCAAUUCGCUACGACGUGGUCACUCAUCUCGGGCAUCGAAAACAUCUGCGACGUCAAGAAGCUCCCCACCGGAAGUCCAUGGACGUGUCCUGGAUACGAUUACUUGUACAGUGCUUCGAUCCUAUGGGGAGUGAUAGGACCUCAGAGGAUCCUGUCAAAUGGUGGAAUCUACAGUCAGAUAAAGUGGUUCUUCCUCGUCGGCUUGUUGUCCCCUCUCCCGGUGUGGAUGAUGACUCGAAAGUUCCCCGAAAAGAAGUGGAUAAGAUCCAUACACAUGCCACUGAUCCUGACCGGUGCUUACGGUUUGUUGCCUGCGCGACCGGUCCACUUCCUGUCCUGGGGAGCUGUGGGGGUGUUCUUCAACUACUAUGUUUACAGGAAGUACAAAGGGUGGUGGGCUAGGCACACUUACAUUCUGUCGGCCGCGCUGGAUGCUGGCGUUGCGUUCAUGGCUUUGUUGAUUUACUUCACUCUUCAGAGCAAGAACAUCUAUGGAGCGCGAUGGUGGGGGCUUGAAGCCGACGAUCAUUGUCCUUUGGCGAAGUGUCCUACUGUCCGCGGAGUUGUUGUCGAUGGAUGUCCUGUGCUACAUUGAAAGGGUGAUUCCAUAGACUAAACAAGUGUUACGUUUUGCAGUUUUUCAUUUUGAUAAAUUACAAUGAGAGUGGAGAACUUCACAUCCCUCUCUUUCCCUAAUUUAGCUAUUGGCUAAGAAGACUUUGUGAGCCUAAUUUGACACACUCUGGU